CGGAAGCGGAAGUAGCGGGCGGCGCGGGCAGCACGUGGAGGGGGGCGCGCGCCAUGGAGGCGGCCUGCAGCCUGAGGCCCAUGGCCUGCGAGCAGAACCUGCUGUCCCAACCCGACGGCUCCGCCUCCUUCCUGCAGGGUGACACGUCGGUCCUGGCGGGAGUGUACGGGCCGGCAGACGUCAAGGCCAGCAAGGAGAUCUUUAACAAGGCCACCCUGGAGGUGAUGCUCAAGCCUAAGGUGGGGCUGCCCGGCGUGGCAGAGAAGAGCCGGGAGCGGCUGAUCCGGAACACGUGCGAGGCCGUGCUCUUGGGGACGCUGCACCCCCGCACCUCCGUCACCGUGGUCCUGCAGGUGGUCAGCGACGCCGGCUCCCUGCUCUCGUGCUGCCUGAACGCCGCCUGCAUGGGGAUGGUGGACGCCGGGCUGCCCCUGCGGGCCCUCUUCUGCGGGGUCACCUGCGCCCUCGGCCCCGACGGGACCCUCGCCGUCGACCCCACGGCCAAGCAGGAGAAGGAGGCUCGGGCCGUGCUCACCUUCGCCCUGGACAGCGUGGGGCAGGAGGUGCUGAUGACGACAACCAAGGGGCAGUUUUCCGAGGCGGAGCUCCAGCAGAGCCUGGCUGCGGCUCAGGCUGCCUCCCACCUCGUCUUCAGCUUCUACCGCGACUCCUUGCAGCGGCGCUACUCCAAGAGCUGAGGCCCCGGGGGGUCUCCCCCGCCCCGCUAACCCCCACACGGGACAGCUGGGGGGCCGCCCCCUCCCCCGCCGACACCCACACGGGACCUCGCGGGGGGGGGGGGGGGAUUCCCGCCCCCUCCCCCCUGACGCCCGUAUAAUACAGCCGCCGGCGCUCGGCCUCCCUCUCCCAUCCACCA